GCGGGUGGAGGCAAGGCGGGAGGGGGAGGGCGCUAGGGACAGCCCUCCCGCUGGAGUCAGCCCUGGCCGUGUGGGCGAGGCCGCCCUGGCGCCCUGCCGUGGAGCUUGUUGGGCAGGCCGCUCAGCCAGUGGGAGGCGGCAGCUGGGGCACUGCGCUCGGCAUCGCGGGACCUGCGGGCCAGGCCGGGCCGCCUCCGCCCGACUCCUUUUCCUUCGGCUUUACUCCGUUGCCCGCUCACCGACUUCUUUCCCCUUUGUGCUCGCCUCCCCUUGCCGCCAUGCCACCCCGUCCCGCUCCUGCCCCGCUGCGGCCUGGCGGCUUCCGCUCGGCACUGCGCCGCUGAAGGGAACGGAGGAGGCCGUGAGGAGGCUACCCGCUCGCCGCCUCAUGCCGCGGCCUUGUCCCGCCGCCAGCCUGAGCACCUGCAUGGACGGGCAUGGGGAGAGCUGCGCCUCGUCGCGCCGCCGGGGCUGAGCCACCGCCUUGCGGACAGCGCCAGCCGUCGCUUGUUUGCCUUGGCCUCGUCGCCGUCCUGGCGCUGCUGCUGGGAUCAGGUGACUGCCAGCUGCAAACACCUUGUCGAAUUCAGAAGUGCACCGCUGACUUUGUGUCCUUAACGUCACAUCUGAACUCAGCUCUUGCAGGCUUUGAUGUGGAGUUCUGCAAGGCCUUGCGAGCGUACUCUGCCUGUACCUACCGUAAUUCCAAAGCAUGUCGUGGAAACCUAGUCUACCACUCUGCAGUGCUUGGCAUCAGCGACCUCAUGAGCCAGAGAAACUGUUCCAAAGAUGGACCCACAUCCUCUACCAACUCUGAAGAGACCCAUGAUCCCUGCAGUUACAGUGGCCACAAAGAAGGCAGGGAACAUCAGGGAGGGGAGAAGACUUCUCCUCCUACUUACCUGUUUUGUGGCUUGUUUGGUGAUCCUCAUCUGAGGACUUUUAAGGAUCAUUUCCAGACAUGCAAAGUGGAAGGUGCUUGGCCUCUUGUAGACAAUGACUACUUAUCAGUCCAAGUGACCAAUGUGCCUGUGGUCCCAGGAUCCAGUGCUACUGCUACAAACAAGAUAACUAUUAUCUUUAAACCAUACCAAGACUGUACAGAUCAGAAAGUAUACCAGGCAGUGACUGAUGACUUGCCUGCCGCUUUUGUUGAUGGCACAACAAGUGGAGGUGAUGGAAACACCAAGAGCUUGCAAAUUGUGGAGAAAAUCAGUGGCAAAUACGUUGAAAUGGAUGCCAGGUACAUUGGGACUACAGUGUACAUACGCCAGCUUGGGCACUACUUAACUUUGGCCAUUCGCAUGCCUCAAGAGUUGGUCAUGGCCUAUGAGGAGAGCCAGGAUCUGCAGCUCUGUGUGAAUGGUUGCCCUUCAAGUGAACGUAUUGAUGGCAGUGGCCACUUAACAUCGCCUCUUAGGGGGCAGUUGCUCCCUCAUGGCAGUACUUCUCAUCCCUGGUCAGUGUACACGCUGGAAUCUGCCACCACUAAAUGCCACGAGAAGAUGUUGGUGAAGGACAUCUAUUUUUACUCAUGCAUAUUUGACCUGCUCACCACUGGUGACACUAAUUUCACAGCUGCAGCUCACAGUGCCUUGCAGGACGUGGAGGCACUGCACCCCAGAAGGGAACACUGGCAUAUCUUUCCCAGCAGUAGAGGUGGUAGCGUGGGCAAAGAUAGCAAAUUCUUUGUGUGUUUUGGACUUCUGUGCUUGAUCCUAGUUGCGUUUCCAUAGAGGCUUUUUGUCUCUAACAAAGUUCUGAAGUAUAUAUUGUCAUAAUAUAUUGAGUAAAGAUGGGUUUGUAUGUGUAUAUAUACCAUAUCUAUGAAGGGGUGGUUUGUCUUUGGGCACCCACCAGAUUGUACAUGUUGCAUUGACUGUUUUCAGGUGUGUUUUAUGUAGUGCUCUUAUUUAUUUCUUUUCCAUUUGUUGAAAUGUUUUAUAAUGUCCUUGUGUUGGGGCCUGAUAAAAGCACUUUAUUUUUUUAUAUAUAUUAAAUAUUUAUGUGUGUACCUGAAUAUUAUGUAUUGUACAUAUAAACAUCUGCAAACAAUACUGAGUGCUCCCUCUAAGUGCUGCUUCCUGACUAUUUUUUUCUGUAAACUGAAUUUUUUUGGUGGUGUUUAUAUAUAAUUUCUUCUAGAGACAACAUGUUUCUAGUCCUGUAAUGCCAUUGGUGAUUUUUCUGGGAUCAUUCAUUAAAAUUGCUAAGAAUUGGGUCGUA